AUUGGGUUCAUUCCCAUCCCGUACUGAUGCAGCGCCCUCUAAAGAUAUCCAGGAUUGGAUGAUUUCUCUCCCUCUGCCGUUUCAUCAAGCUGGCUCGGCUUUUAGGAGGCAGAGAUAAGUGUCAGAUGUGCGCUAAGGAGAAAAACAGCAGCCGUGUAAUCAGCUGAUUAUUCGACUUGUGUCCAUGCGAUUUGAUUUGACCUUUAAUUCAGGACACAGAGCCGCGAUCAGCUGAUGAGAAGCCGGACAGCUGCCAUUUUGCAGGUCAUCCGAGGUUUCGCUUCCAACUUGUCCAGCGCACAAAGCCGACUAAGCUAAAUAAUUGAGCUGAGAUCGCUCCGUCGACGGCACAGCAGCGUAUCGGAGAUGGAGAGGAAACCGGGCCGCUGUCGGGAGAUUUGAGCGAGCAUAUGGCCGACGGUAACACGAGAGAGAUGGAUAGAGGGAAAGGAAGGAUUACGGGCGAGUCGUUUCCGAGAGGCGGCUACGCACAGCAGUACAGCACGAGUCUUCCCGCAUUGCAAGGUCCUGAUAUACAGGAGCUCGCGUCCAAACGUGUAGACAUCCAGAAGAAGCGCUUCUACCUGGACGUGAAGCAGAGCGCGCGGGGCCGCUUCCUGAAAAUCGCAGAGGUGUGGAUCGGCAGGGGAAGACAUGACAGCGUGCGAAAAAGCAAGCUUACGCUGUCCAUGGCCAUGGCUCCAGACCUGAGGUAUUGCCUUGGGGAUUUCAUCGAUUACUACGCGCACGUAGGCCUGCGAGGCGGCCACGCGCCACGGCCUGAGGAGUCGAGUGACGCGCAGCGAAGGCGACAGCCAGAACAUCACGCAGCUCCCGCAUCACCCAGCGGCUCGGCGGCGUCUGAAGAGCCAGCACACCGUGUGCUGAAGAGUGAAUCAAUCGAAGGCGACAACCGGAAGUACUAUUUGGAUCUGAAGGAGAACCAGCGCGGCCGCUUUUUACGCAUCCGGCAGACCGUGAGCAGGGGACAGGGCGCAGUGGGGUACUAUGGCCAAGCCGUGGAGCAGACCAUCGUGCUGCCUGCGCAGGGCUUAAUCGAGUUUCGGGACGCGCUCUCACAGCUCAUCGAGGACUACGGCGAUGAGCGUGAGGCCAACGGGCGAAGCGGGAGGGCGGAGCGCGACCGGGAAGCGGCGUGUGCUGAGCUGCCUGAGGCGGCGUCCUUCCGCGUCGACAAUAAGCGCUUCUACUUCGACGUGGGCUCCAACAGGUACGGGGUGUUCCUCAAAAUCAGUGAGGUGCGCCAGCCGUACCGGAACACCAUUACGGUGCCGCUGAAGGCCUGGUCCCGCUUCGGUGAGAACUUCAUCAGGUACGAAGAGGAAAUGAGACGCCUGUUCACCUGCCGCAAGGAGAAGAGGACAGAGGCGCAGGCGGACAGCGAAGAGCGCGAGGAUUGACGGCGGGCGGGCGGGCGGCCUGCCAUCUAUGUUCUGUUGCAGUAUGUCACAGUGCUCCGGUUUAUACAAUAUCCUCAUACAUGUUUAAACAGUGUACCUCUAUAGCCUGUUCAAGUACCGCACUGUACUGUACAACUCCGAUCAAUCACAAUAGCACUUUUACAUUAAAGUACUGUUUUUCCCCCUUUAGUUUAUUUCAUGAACGGUUGGCUUGAGACCAGGUUGUGUAUGAGCGAUAGCCUAUGAUUAUUAUUUUUGUUUUGUUUUGCUGACUUUAAGAGGCUCUGAACACAAGAUGGAAAGGUCCAGAUGAAAAUGUGCAUUCAGCAAUCUGCAGUCAGGCUGAAGCGCGCGUGCUCUCUUCUGUGGGCGUGUGUGUGUGUGUGUGUGUGUGUGUGCGCGCGCGCACGCGUGUGUGUGCGCGUUUGCCUGUGUGUGUGUGUGUGUGCGCGUGUGUGUGUGCUCUCUCGCUCGAUUCGUUUAUUCUAGUAGCAUUUAAAAUGCCCGUGUUAUACAUGCAGAAUUAGUGCACUACAGAGCGAACAGGUUGUGCAAAUUGGCUGUGAUGCACGACCACAUGCACUAUUAGAGAAAAACGUUUAAAGUGAUUUAGAUUAAAAAGGUUUUAGAAUUUUAUAUCACAUCAUUAACAUAUACCUCCUGGGUACACUAAUCCAGUGUUUCCAAACAAUUAUGUUCAACCCACAGUAAUGUCAGUCAAACAAACAUGUAAUGAUCCAAACUGCUUGAUUUUGUUCAAUUUUUUCAGUGGCUCAUUGAGCAAACCUACUAAUAUCACCCAGUGCUUUUAUUAAAGCAAUGUUUUAUGAUUGGUUAGAUGCACUAUUUACCAAGUGGAGACUCACUUGGACUCACAGUGGGUCUGUUCUAGUAAAAAAGAGGAUUAUACCUUGGAUUAUUAUUGAAUUGGAUUAAUUACACCUUGGAUUAUAAUAGAUUUUCUUUAUAAAGCUUUAAAUUUAAAAAUGUAAAGAUAUGAAAUGAAUGUUAAGAUAGAUAAAUAUAAAUAGGAUUGAAUUGAUUACAUACCUAACAUCAGGGGGCAUGGUGGCUUAGUGGUUAACAGUUUGCCUGUCAUAUCUGGGGGUUCGUUUCCUGCCACUGCCUUGUGUGUGUGGCGUUUGCAUGUUCUCCGUGUGCUUCAGCAGUUUCCUCUGGGCACUCUGGUUUCCUCCCCUAAUCCAAAGACAUGCGCUGUAGGCUGAUUGGUGUCUUUAAAUUAUCCAUAGCGUGUGAAUGUGUGUGUGUGUGAUUGGCACCCUGUCUAGAGUGUCCCCAGGUUCCACGUUACUUUGCUUAGGUGGAUGGAUAUACCCAAUUUCAUGAGCACAAUAUGUUUAAACUAUGUAAAUAGGUUUUCCAAUAAAGAUGAAUAUAAUAAGAUAAUCUAACACUAAUGUUCAAACUUGAAGCCCCUUUGCUCCCCUCUGUAUCAUUUGAGAGUGAUAACAGCAAUAGUCACUAGCUGAAAUUAAGAGAAUCAACAGAAUUGGUAGACUUGUAGUGGUAUGUGGUUUCAGCAUUAAUGCUCCUAAUGCUAGGCUUCAAGUUUGCUAUUAGGUUAAUUGCUUGAGAGAAUUUGUGUUCACCAAACAUAGGCCCAGUUUUUCUAAAUUAAAGUGCAAGCUGAAUUCACACAUACUUGCACGUUAGGUUCAGAUAAAUUGCCUUGAAUUAAGGCAGAGAGAAAUGUCAUCAACCCUGUAAUAUGUAUUAUUAUUAUUAUUAUUAUUAUUAUUAUUAUUAUUAUUAUUAUUAUUAUUAUAUAAAGUCAAAGAAAGUGUGAAAAUGUGGAGAUGAAUUUUAUCAGCACUGAAGAUCUGAUUAUUUAGUAUAGUCAUAACGAAUGACCAGUGGAUAGCCACAUCAUGACUUAAAUAAUAAUGUUAUUAAAUACAAAACUUACAGGAUAAUCUUAAGGGCUUUACAGCAUGAAUUUUUAAAGGGGACUUCAUAUCGUAAACAUUUUGACAGUUUAACAGCUCUAAGGUCCUUUUCAUAGGUGUUAACCAACGGAAAACAUUUAAUAGCGCUCUCUUAGCGUUGCCAGUCCCCUUUUGAGGACAGCACAAAUGUUUAAAGCACUCUUAUAUAAUAACACUCAAUGUUUGUCUUAUGAUUUAUUUUCAUUCCAGUCGUAUGCAUUUGCCGGUGUUGUGCAAUUUACUGUGGAAUCUUAGAAGGACGCAGUAAAUCUCAAACAGUUUAAAAAAAAAAAAAAAAGUGUUCAAAAUAUUAGAGAUUUUAAUAGAAUAGUGGUGUUUAUAAGAUUAUAGUGCAAUGAAAGCAGCAUUCCUCAUUAAGUCAUCCAUUAACCUCUAAAUUGAAGGUCUUUCAAAUGCCUUUUCUAUGAGGACAUCACAUUUGUCCUCAUAGCACAAAUAAUCUUAGAGGUUAACUUCCUGAAACAGAUAAAGCCCCUUUUACUUAUUAAUAGCGGGUGUGAGUUGAAAAAUACACUCAAGCAUGUUCACGUAUGCAAAUAAUGUCCAGCUGACAAAAAAAAGCAAUCGUUACAUCAAGUCCUGUUGGUUCGUAGUGCUUUAAAUGACUUUGAUGGUCUUUUUUCCUUUUUUUGACCAGUGAUUUUAGAUCAGUUCUAUCUAUUUCACAUGAUGAACAUAAGGAAACUCUAUAACAUGGGCUCAGAUGGCUGGCAUGAGACAUAGGCAGCACUUCCCACAAGCACUUUAUUCAAACAGCACUUUGAGCUGCUGCUACUGUUGCUGCUUUUACUAUUCAGUCUUACUAAGAGAUCUGUUUCUCAUCCACGUAACUGCAAGGAGGGUGUCAUUUCGAAACAAUGACAAUCAUACACAUACAAAACAGACCGAAAAAACAUGUCACUAUACACACUUACUGAUAUAGAAAACACAGCACACAAUAAAUACCCUGUAGACGCGUUACGCGACCUAAAAUAUCAGUGUUUUACGACAGCUAAUGUCUCACGAUGCAAAACAAGCAAUGUGAGGACUUUCCGGUUGUUGAGGACGAUAAAUAACUAAGACUAAGUGAAAUAAUGAUAAACUUCAUGUACAAUUGGAAUUCCUCCUUUCAGUCGAUCCAAACAUAUUGUAUAUGAUGACAGUUGCUUCAAGUGCGACAUGUCCAAUAGCAGUACAGUUUGUAUAUUCUGGGCAUGGAUUACACCUAGUCUGCCCUUUCUGACUAGUCGUCUUGCUUUGUUUCAUUAAAACUUUAACAACUGUGGUUUAUUACCUCUUUUACAAAUUCUUUCUUUUUCCUAGUCAUUUUUUUUGGAACAUUUCAGGGCUCACUCAUUCUGGGCAUUCACACAGCAUAGGUUUUAUACUACGGUUCGUUAAUCGUGUCCAAAUUUUAACCUUUUAUUUCUUAAAGUUAAAAGGCUGUACCCUUGAAAAAGUGAUAAAGGAGUAAAGGCCAUAAAGGAUGUUACCUCUAAACAACAAAUAGUACAGAUAAUACAAACGCAGAACAGGUUUUAAAACAUAUAUAUGCACUUUAAAACUGUAUCCACGUUUGUUCCCUUCCUUUGACCUCAUAGAAAUAUCUAAAAAUGGUGUUGUAUGGAAAAUGGUCCCAGUUCUAUAGUGUGUCGUGUGGUACCAUUUUAUUCAGGGUGGUAUUGAUAUACAGACCUUGCGUUUGCUUUAUCGUUAGUUUACCAUUUUUCUUUCCGAGUCGUCCAGGAUGAUCGACUAGGACAGAAAUUUGCUAGAAAUUUGAGAAAUUCAGUAAUCGUGAAGCUGUUUGAAAAUGUUAAGCCUGUAACAUUGCAGCUAUCAUAGUUAAUUGUGAAACUUGAAUUCACUGAAUUGGACUGUUACAAUGCAUCCAAGUAACACUUUUAACCCAUAAGCCUUAAAAUCAUUACAAUGAGAUUGUAAUGAUUUAGUUUAGGUUUAUGAUUUGUUGGUACAAUUUUGCAAGUUUCCGUUCGUCACCAACACGUCGUUGUUAUAGUUCUGUUCAGGAACAUUUAGACAACAAUGUUUCAAAAUAACAGUCCAGCCAAAGGUCACAGGCCUUUUUUGUGUUAAUCAAAAGAUAAAAGUUUGAUGUAGGUAAUGUGCUGUAAAGGUGUAGAAGCUUUAUUGAGUUCUUUUUCUUUUUCCUUUGUGUUGAUAAUGGCAUCUCUGCUGCAGUUGGAACUUAGAAGUAGUGUUCGAUAAAGGUUUCAAAAGAAAUGGUGAAAUAAAAAAUGUUUUGGUGUAUCUUUUUGACAACGUAUCGUACAUCCUUAGUGUGUCCUCCUGUAGAGUAUUAUAAGACUCGAAACAAGAAAGCAAUUGUUCUGUAUUGUAGCACUUUCUUUAUCGUGUGUACUGUAUUAGUUCCGGUUUAAUAUGUAUGGUACUGUAUGAAUAUUCAUUAAUUGCCUUGUAAUGUUCGUAAAAGGUUGCAACAUGUAGGAUAUGUAUCUGAAGGCUAAAUAAGGUUUUUUUUUUGGUUCCUUUGUAUUUUUUUUUAUGUUCAUGCAUGCCGACAGUUGGUCCUUUCUAACUCUAAAAAAAAUGGUGCUAUAUAAUAAUAUAUAAAGGUGCUCAUACGGACCACAGCUGCAUGCAUGUCGAGUGAAAAAUUGAUGAAGUAGAGCAAACGUGAAGCUAGCCAUCGGUCAAUCAAUCAAAAAAAAAAAAAACAAACAAAAACAACAACAACAAAAAAAAACUCCAUGAGCAGAAGUGGGUUUGUGUAACUGUAAAUUGCACAACUGCUCAGUUGAAACCUCAACAUCAUGACUGACAAAGAAACAGCAGGAAAGUCAUAAAUUUGCACCAGCAGUGCAGUAAUCAGCAGCCCAUCUGAGAGAGAAAAAACAUAUAAAUAUAUAUUAUCCAGAAUCAUCCUCAUGUUUAAAAGCUUUGUGAAGGAUUCCUGCACCAAAGUAAAUGCUGAGAAAUGAAAUGCCUAUUUACAGUUACGCAACCUUGGUGUGGAUAAACCAAUUGUCCAUAGACAAUCUAAUCUAAUUAAAAUGAAACCUUUUUAUGCUCAUGUUUAAAAAAUGUUUUUGUCUUCUUUUUUUUUUUCUUUUUUUUAUUAACUUGUGUCACAGAGUUUAAGAAAAAUGAUAGCUAUAUAUUGCAGAUUGUUAAGUGGAAAGAUAUAUAAGCCUACGCUUUUAAAACAAAGGAGAAUGUGUCGAAUGUUGGUUGUAUCUAUCUUCGUUUCUUUUAAUAAAAAGCAAACAACUCAAAUCGAA